AUGAGCGCGACUAAACCGCUAGUGGCUGUUUUGUAUCAGGCUCUGCCGCCACCGAUGUACGGGGGUGUGAGCAAGCCCCCUAAACCAGGAGGUUAUCGUGACUCUGGUGCUGAUAUCGCCUAUACGCUGAGAAAGGGGGGAACCACCGUGUUAACACCAGUGGAGUCGCCUGACCCUUCGAACCAUGAUCAUUGGUGCUUCCCUGAUACUGAAGAGGGGAUUCUCACUGCUAUCAGCAAAGGCGCAACUCAUUUAUGGGCUAACACGGUGCUUUUCGCGGAACAUCCAUUGCAGACGUCUUCACAAUUGACUUCUCAUGAAUUCAUUCGAGUUGUCGGCCAACCACCGCUCUGCGCAGAUCAAUUCGACGACAAGUCGUUUACAAAUGACCUACUUCGCAAACAAGGUGGACUGACACUACCCAAAUCAUGGACUAUCGAUGAUCCUCGUCCUACGGAUCGCAGCGAAGUUGCACAAAAGCAACUCCAAGAUACCCUGGACAAGGUCUUGAGUUCAAUCAACGACAACUACCCCAUUGUCGCAAAACCAGUUCGAGGACGAGGCAGUCAUGGCGUAAAGAUCUGUCGAAAUCCGUCCGAAUUACGCGAACAUGUCAUCUACCUAUUCGAUGAGUCACCUCGCGUAUUGGCUGAAGAAUACUUGAACGGUGAAGAAGGCACGAUAACCAUCUUACCACCAGGGGAACCUAUCCCCGGACUCAAAACAGACCCUACAAAACGCUCGCACAGGUCUCUGCCACCAGUCACCCGCUUCAACCAUGUUGAUGGUAUUGCGCCCUACAGUGGUAAGGUUGCUGUAACUGUGAACUCGCGUGCAGUGACAGCGGCAGAGAUGGAGGCCGAUCCUGCCUAUGGUGAGAUCAUGGAAGAAUGCGCGACUGUAGCAAGUUUAUUGGGAACAACUGCACCGUUGCGCAUUGAUAUUCGGCGAUUUAGAGAAGGCUCAAAAUUUGCCUUGUUCGAUAUCAAUAUGAAGCCGAAUCUCACGGGACCCGGACGUCCCGGCCGUGAAGAUCAAUUGAGUCUUAUGGGCCUUGCGGCGGAGAGUGUAGGUGUUGAUUACCUUGGUUUCCUACAAUAUGUACUUGGGUCUGCGCCGGAGUUGGGUGAACUUCGUAAUUACAGCAGUCCAUUGCUUCAAGCAGCGUGA